CGAUCGUCAGAAUUGUUUAAAUACAUAUAUAAUCAACUGUCGAUCCACAGGAACCGAUCAAGAAGUCAAGUCAAGAAUUUGAAAAACAGAAAGGAAGAAAAACUCACCACAAAACACAGGAAACCAAAUUGAAAUUAAGCCAAACUCAAUCAUAAGAAGAUCAGAAUACUUAGUAAUACCCUGAAAGAAAGAAAGAAAGAAAGAUCACUUAAGCCAAACCAAGACAGCCAAUUUAACUUUUCCAUCCAACCAACAGAUUCAUCAUGGCACUUGAAGAUCAUGAAGAACCUACUGCUGUUCCAACUCAACAGAAAAGUUCUUGGUCUAGUUUUUUAAAAGCUAUUGCUACCUUUUCAGGUGAUCUAAGUUCACUUACCGCUCCUUCCUUUAUCCUUAGUCCUACAAGUCUUUGUGAAUUUCCAUCUUAUUGGGGAGAACCAUAUGAAGAGUUUUCGUUGAUCUCUACUGGUCAAACACCUGAAGAACGAAUGGUUUUGGUUUUACGUUGGUUUAUUGCUACUCUUAAAGGUCAAUUUACUAGACGUGAAACUCAAACUGGAUCCGAAAAAAAACCUUUAAAUCCAAUCUUGGGUGAAUUAUUCUUAGGUACUUGGAAUGGAGGUAAAGAUGGAAUUCAAGAUUUAGGAGAAAUCAAACUUUGGGCUGAACAAGUUUCUCAUCAUCCACCUGUAUCGGCUUAUUUCUUAUCGAAUUCAACAAGUCAAGUUUCGUAUCAAGGACAUUGUGCACAAAAAACUUCUUUUAGUGGUAAAAGUGUGAUAGUUAAACAGGUUGGACAUGGGAUUGUAAGAAUCACUUUACCGGAUGGGACGGUUGAAUCUUAUCUGGUCACGUUACCUAAACUAAGAAUCGAAGGACUUCUGUUAGGUAGUCCUUAUGUUGAAUUGAUUGAGACCUCUCAUAUUCAAUCUUCAACUGGGUAUCAUGCUGUGAUUGAUUACAAAGGAAAAGGUUACUUCUCAGGCAAACCACAUACUUUUAUAGCUAAGAUUUAUUCAUCACCUGAAUCGAAGAAAUCGAUUUAUCACAUCGAAGGACAAUGGAAUGGGAUAUCGAAAUUUGUAAAAGAGAUUCCAUGUUUUUUCAAAUCAUCAGGAGGAUCUCAAGAAAUCUUUUUAGAUCAAACAGAAGAAAAACAUUUGGUCAUCUCAGUUAAAGACUUGGAUCAACAAGAUGUUUAUGAAUCACGUAAGGUUUGGAAAGAUGUGGCUGAUGGGAUUAGGAAAGGGGAUUUUGAAAGUGCUAGUGCUGCUAAAUCAAAAUUAGAGAAUGAACAAAGGAGUAAAAGGAAAGAAGAAGUUGCCAAUGGGACACCAUGGCAAAUGAAAUAUUUUAAAAAAGUGGAUGUAGAUGAAGAAUAUGCCAGUUUAGCUGAGAUGUGUGGUCAUACUCCGGUUAAUCAAGAAGGUUAUUAUUUUAAAGUAGAAGAAAGUUGAAAAUGAAUCUCUUGAUCCAAACUCAUGAUUGGAUUAAUUUUUUUCUUUUUUUUCCUCUUUGAUUCUAUUUUUAAUCUAUUUUUCUUUUGUUUUUGUUUUUGGUAAUUUUUGUUGAUGAGUUGUUUCCUUUGUUUUUUGAAUGAUUGAUUGAAGAAAUUUUUGUUUUGGUUGGAAUUUAGAUGAAAGAGAAAUAAGUAUUGGUUGAUUUUUAGAAAAAUCAAAUUAUACUUUUUUUAUUUGUAAAAUUUGUUUUUUUGGUUUUUUUAGAAGAACGAGCAAAUUUAGAUUUCAAGAGUUUGGUUUAAGUUUUGUUUGUUUUGGUUUAUUUUGUUAGUUUUCUUUUAUCUCUAAGUAGUGUCUAUGUAUGUAGUUGUUGGGAAAAAGAGUAUUUUUAUUUAUUUGGUUGUGUUUUUAGAUAUGAUGAUGAUGAUGUAUUAUUUGAUAGAAAGAGAAAGGUAAGAGUCAAGGAGUUAAGUUGAUUAUAGGGUAUUGAACUUGGUGGGGU